GUGAAUGAUCUAGGAGGGGACUUCAUGGGAGUUGGUAAAGGCUCCUUAGCUGCUGAUAAGGUUGUUGAAGAAAUAAGAAGGAAAGGCGGAAAAGCAGUGGCCAACUAUGAUUCAGUGGAAGCAGGAGAGAAGGUUGUGAAGACAGCACUGGAUGCUUUUGGAAGAAUAGAUGUUGUGAUCAACAAUGCUGGAAUUUUGAGGGACCGUUCCUUUGGUAGAAUAAGUGAUGAAGACUGGGAUAUCAUCCAGAGAGUUCAUUUGCGGGGCUCAUUCCUGGUGACCCGGGCAGCGUGGGAUCACAUGAAGAAACAGAAAUUUGGAAGGAUCAUCAUGACUUCAUCGGCUUCAGGAAUAUAUGGCAACUUUGGCCAGGCAAAUUAUUGUGCUGCAAAGCUGGGUCUUCUGGGCCUUUCAAAUUGUCUUGCAGUUGAAGGCGAGAAAAGCAACAUUCAUUGUAACACUAUUGCCCCUACUGCUGGAUCACGGUUGACCCAGAACAUUUUGCCUGAUGAUCUUCUGGAAGCUCUGAAGCCAGAUUACGUGGCACCCCUGGUCCUUUGGCUUUGCCAUGAGAGUUGUGAGGAAAAUGGUGGCUUGUUUGAGGUUGGAGCAGGAUGGAUUGGAAAAUUACGAUGGGAGCGGACCCUUGGAGCCAUUGUAAGACAGAGGACUCAGCCAAUGACUCCUGAGGCGGUGAAGGCUAACUGGACGAAGAUCUGUGACUUUGAUAAUGCCACCAAGCCUCAGAGAAUUCAAGAAUCAAUUGGCGGUAUAAUUGAAGCUCUAAAUAAAAUAGAUUCAGAUGGAGGAGUUUCGGCAAAUCACACCAGUAAUGUGACAUCAACAGCUACAUCAGGAUUUGCUGGAGCUAUUGGCCAUAAACUUCCUCCAUUUUCUUCUUCUUAUACGGAACUGGACACUAUUAUGUAUGCCCUUGGAGUGGGAGCAUCUAUCAAGGAACCGAAAGAUUUGAAAUUUAUUUAUGAAGGGAGUUCUGAUUUCUCCUGUUUGCCUACCUUCGGAGUUAUUCUAGCUCAGAAAUCUAUAAUGGGUGGAGGAUUAGCAGAGAUUCCUGGGCUCUCAGUCAACUUGGCAAAGGUUCUUCAUGGGGAGCAGUACUUGGAGUUAUAUAAACCACUUCCCAGAGCAGGAAAAUUAAAAUGUGAAGCAAUUGUUGCUGACGUCCUGGAUAAAGGAUCCAGUUUAAUAAUUCUUAUGGAUGUCUACUCUUAUUCUGGGGGGGAACUUAUAUGUUAUAAUCAGUUCUCCAUCUUUGUUGUUGGCGCUGGAGGCUUUGGUGGAAAACGGACGUCAGACAAAGCUAAGGUAGCUGUAGCCAUACCUAAUAGACCUCCUGAUGCUGUACUUACAGAUACCACCUCACUUAAUCAGGCUGCUUUGUACCGCCUCAGUGGAGACUGGAAUCCCUUACACAUUGAUCCUGACUUUGCUAACUUAGCAGGUUUUGACAAGCCCAUAUUACAUGGAUUAUGUACAUUUGGAUUUUCUGCCAGGCAUGUUUUACAGCAGUUUGCAGAUAAUGACGUGUCAAGAUUCAAAGCAAUUAAGGUUCGUUUUGCAAAACCAGUAUAUCCAGGACAAACUCUACAAACUGAGAUGUGGAAGGAAGGAAAUAGAAUCCAUUUCCAAACCAAGGGAUUCUCCAAGAAGCAGGAAGAUUGAAUCUCAUCAGCAAACCCUCACAAGGCUGAAGUUGUCCUCUCUUCACUCUCCCGCUGCCUGAAACCUUAAGUCAUUCUGCAGUGCCCUUUCAAAUUGGGACCCGCCUCAGUCCAUGUGGUAUGUCUAAUGAAAGCAGUGACUUCUGGGAGGCUACCUCAUCCUGUGCACCAAUCUUCCCACUGGAUCCUGGCCACUACCUCAAAAUGAGGUGUCUCUAAUUCUAGAGUGGAAUCAGGAGGAUCCAGAUGCAUUGCCACUUAUAACUGGUAUAAAUUACAGCCCACAAGCAGAGGUGUGCAAGAAAUAGUACGAAAAUUUUUUUAUAACUGCACGUAAUUUGUAUUUUAAGCCUUGAUCCUGCUGGUGUCCUGUUUGGAUUUCCGCCAUCCCUAUUUGGAAGUCAUACGGGGCCAAGGUUUUGAGGGAGUGGGUGGAAGCAUGAUCAUUGUUGACUGGAGCCCACAGUUGUAAGUGUAGAUGCCCAUCAGCUCGGGGGCCAUGCCUCCUUUAGGUUUGGUGGCUCCUGUGCCAUGCGUGGGA